UAACUUUGAAGAUGGACUCCGUUACGACGCCUUCCUGCUUUACUCAGAGGGCGAUCUAAAGCACGCAGACGCUGCACACGUUCAACUGUCUAAAUUAAAUUUGCACGUCUUUCACGAGGAUCGCUGUACCAAGUGGGGUGAUGACAUUCUAGAAGUGAUCAGCAACGCCUUCACUUCAUCUCCUGUCAUCGCUGCAAUCCUUAGCGAGCAGCUUUUUAAAGAAGACAAGUUGAAACGAAGCCUGAACGCUGCGCUGAUGCGAUUUAAUGAGAAGUGCCAGAUUGUUGGUCUUUUACUGAACGUAUCAGAAACUGAGUUGUCAGAGUUGACUCCAGCCCUCACCGGAUGCACAUUGGUUACCUUCAAUUGUUGCGCCGACUAUGAGUUGUGGGCGAGGAAAGUGCAAGAAAGUGUACUAGCAUUCCAUUCUCAAGUGAAAGCAAACACAGAGUCAACAAGGUCACCAGACAAUCCUGUGAAAGAAUUUCAAGUACCAGCAAUACUGAGAAAUAUGCGUGGCACGAUGUCGAACUCAAAUGCUUUGACCGAUGGGUUAGCACAACUAGCAGAGGCAUCUCAUAUGGGAGAACAAGUAAAAGUGCUCAUGAAAUCAGAAGGAGGAUUUGAAUUGAUUGCAGAUAUCUUUAGACGACAUCAAUAUCAUUCCAAUGUGUACAGGAAAGGACUUGGUGUAGUGGCUAUGAUGUGUUGCCGCAACGAUGAGAACAGAGAAUAUGCGGGUAAAUGCCGCAUACCUCAGUUUGUUGUUCACACUUUCACAACAUUUAGCAGCAUUCGAGAUGUUGUCCAAGAGGCAUGUGCUUGUGUCACCAAUCUUGCUGAUAACAAACAGAAUCACCAAUAUUUUUUGGAUAAUAAUGUUAUUCAUCUAAUUGCUGAUGCCAUGGCUAAGAACAAGUCUCACUUGUUGAUACAGCGCUGGACAUGCGCGGCACUCUUUAUCAUGUGCAACAAAUCAGCACAUGCCCUUUCUCAAUUCACGGAGAGAAACUGGUUGGAGCUUGUGCUGCAUGCUCUUCGAUAUCGAGUCAAAUCGAGCACUGGACAUGCUGACAAACGAGAUCACAUUUUACAUCAAUAUGUCUGCAAGCUGAUCAAAGCUAUAGGAUCAGUAGGUCAGUUUGCAGCAGAUCUUGUUAAUCACGGAGUUCUUCAAGAAUGUGAACACAGCCGACAAGAGCUUUCACUCGGGACCCCUGCAUUCAAUGCGGCAACACAAGCAAUAUAUACUCUUGUAAAGAGAAGUCCAGAUCAAUUUCCUGCAUUACAAAGUGGGGGGUGUAGUCUCAAUGGUGAUCUUGCUCAUUUACAGUGGCUAUUGAGCACAGCCAAGAGUGUGAUGCACUGUGUUGGUGUCCAACUGUACAGUCUUACUGCUAUUGCCAACAUUGCAGCAACUGUUCGUGAACACAUAUCACAGUUUGAUGGUUUUCAGUAUGUGGUUGAAGUGAUGACACUCGACUUGUACAAACAUCAUGCAGAGAUGCAACAACGAGCAUGUCAAGUGCUGGCCUGCUACUGCUAUGGAAAUGAUAACAAUCGUCAGUAUGCUGGAGAGUGUGGAGCUGUUGAGGCUGUUCUAGAUUGCAUAUCUAGGUUCGCAUAUCCAGACGGAAAGCCCCUAGUAUACCAAGAAGCAUUUGCCGCCAUCACAAACAUGUGCUGCAAUACAGGAAGAAACAAGACUGUUGUCGCAGAUUGUUCUGGAAUACCUCAAAUUAUUCAAGCAAUGCAACAGUAUGAAUAUAAUAUUGAUGUGAUACGAUGGGGUGCAGCAGCUAUCUGUACUUUGUGCAAGCAAAAUGAGAAGAACGCUGUUAUGUGUGGCAACACUACUAGUAUUGAGGUUCUGGUUACUUCGCUGGAGAAGAGAUCACAUGACCAAGUGACUGUGAGAUGGAUCUGUAAUGCUUUCAAAGAAGUAGCUAUCCAAAAUGCUUCACAGAAACGUAGGACAGUGAAAACUCUAACAGAAGCACAUGGCAAACAUGGACAACAGGUAUCACUGUUGAUACAACAAGUACUAGAUAGACUCGUAAUUAAAUAAACUAGAUUUGAUUUGAGAGUUGAGAUUGCCAGAUGAGCAUUUUAAGCAUCAAAACCGACGAAUAGUUGAAGCAAUGUUGUUUAAUUAGAUUAAUUGAGUUCAGUUUAGAUUAUGGCAAAGCUAGAGUUUGAAAGUUUUUAUGAACAUGAUUGAAUUAGAAUGAUUUGACUAUAGAUCAGUAACAUGUAUAGAAUUUUAAAAUCUGCAAAAUUGGUUGUUGGCUGGCAUGCUUCUAGCUCUGACUGACAUUAAAUUUAAACAGCUUAAAUUUAA